CUGUGUGUGAGCUGCCCUGUGCUAACGGUGGUCGCUGUGUGCGUCCGGAGACCUGCCAUUGCCCCUCGGACUACACCGGCCCUCAGUGCCUUUCACCUCUGUGCACACCAGCCUGUCAGAACGGAGGGAGGUGCGUAGAUGUCAACACAUGCACGUGUGUCGUAGGGUGGCAAGGCGCUCGCUGCCAGAUAGAGCCUGUGCAGUGCCAAAAGCCCUGUAAAAAUGGUGGAGUGUGCGUGGGCCUCAACAGAUGUCGCUGUGCCAGUGACUUUACUGGGAGUCUCUGUGAGACAGCGGUGACCACCCCCUGUGUGCCCCCUUGUCACCACGGUGCCACCUGUAGUCCUCACAACAAGUGCACCUGUCCAGAGGGCACGGCCGGGAUCCGCUGUGAGAGGCUGACGUGUCCUGUGGUCACUACCGUGGUCAGUAUGGCCCGUGCUGUCAGGAAGGGUGUGAGGGAGAGUUACGUUGACCGCUGUGGACCCCUGGGAGUUCAGCUCUGCACCAAGUACAGGAUCAACCAGGCGCGUGUGUAUCUGCAAGCUUACAGGGUGGGCUAUAGGGUCCAAUGUCCUGAGAAGAAUGGGAGAUGAACUGUUGCCCUGGUUACCAAGUCCCCACAUCCCCUGGGAAGCUCCACACACAUGGUCUCUGUGAAUGGUAAAAAAAGACACUUGUGAUAUAAGAGGCUGUUUGAUUCACAACUCAGUAGGAAAAUCAACCAAUAGAGGUCAUACUCAUGAGCCGACCCCAAACAUUGACCAAACGAGCCAACACCGGACAUGUCUCAAAUUUCCUCGGUGUCUGCACUGAUCGUUUAAUGCGAUAUCCCAAACCUUUUUUUCCCCAUUAUCUAUGACCUCGAAAUGGGAAAAUGUUCAUUUUUACAUGUUGUUUUUAAUGCUCCUGUAUGGCAGCUGGACGUUAGUAAAACAUUUUGUUGGAU